CUGCAGUAGUGUGCGUGUUUUAGCUCGAUUAAAGGUGAGUUUGCUGACAUGGAUCUCGCCUCCAAGGACUCGUACAUUCAGAAACUCGCAAGUAAAGUCAUUUCUCAACAAGACCAGGAGCCAAAGAAGAGGCCGUUUGCUCAAUUUAAGGGCAAAAGUGACAACGGUCCUCCAAAGAAGAGGAAAAAGUGCAAAAAGAAGCAUUUUAAAGAAAAGGGUGGCGAUCAGAAGACGCCCCCUCCUAAAUCCCAACAAAAGCCUUCACCCUCUGCUGCAGCAGCACAGAAAGGCCCAGCAAAAGUGAAUGGGUCCGGAGCUCGGAGCGUGAAUGGAUCUUCGACACAGGAGCCUAAAGGAGGAGGUGUGCCGUCCAGCUUCUCCACAGUAGAUUUACUGCGCAAGAGACUGCAUGAAAAGAUCGAGGCGUCCAGAGGACAGGGAGUCCCAAAGGAUGCAUCAUCAGAGGCAGUCCAGGCAAAGCGAGCAAAACGAAAGCUGGAGCGGGAGCGGAAGAAGAGGAAGAGGAAAGAGUUGCGGAUGAAGCAACUGGCUGAAAAAAGCGGCCAAGAACAGCAGAUAACGGAGAUAAAGCAGGAAGAAGAGCACGUUCCGGCUGCGAGCAAAAGAAAUGAAACCGCUGUUAUCUUCAACAAGGUGGAGACAGUGGAAGAGGGAUAUGUGGACAAAAUACAGAAAAAGAAGGACAAGAAGAAGAGUGUGAAGGGCAAGGUAACACCGCUGACGGGGAGGAACUACAAGCAGCUGCUCAGUCGUGUUGAGGCCCGCAAAGCAAAGCUGGAACAGCUGAGGGAGAAAGAUGAGGGCAAGGCCCGCCAGAUGGAGGAGAACAUGAAGUGGACCAACGUGCUUUAUAAGGCAGAGGGCAUCAAAAUCAAAGACGACGAGAACAUGCUGCGCACGUCGUUGAAGAACAAGGAGAAGAGGCAUGCUCAGAGGAAGAAGAAGUGGAGCAAGCUUAGUGAGAACGUCGUAGAGAAGAUGCAGCAGCGUCAGGACAAGAGACGGAGGAACAUCCUGAAACGCAAGCAAGUCAAAACGGAGAAGAAGAAGGACAGAGCGCGGAAGAAAGGCAGAGUGCUGCCUGAGGACUUGAAAAAAGCGGCAGUCUAGCGGAUGAGCGUGCUAUAUUGAUUAUGUGACAACAUAAGCAGAGUUUAAAUAAGUAAAUAACUCUCUUUUUGCCAAUGUGAUUUAUUUACACAAAAUGAAAGCACUGCUGCUGCUGCUACACAUUGUACAUUGUGCCGGUUUUCGAGUAAUAUGAUGUGUGUUAUGCUCAGUAAAAUGUGAUAAUUUCUUAUGACGAA